GGACCGCGUCUGUCUCAGGGUCUCUCAUUUGAACCCAGGGCUUACUGAUGGCUAGUCUAAUUUGCCAGCUUGCUCCAGGGGACCCUUCCCCACCUUAAGCACGGAGAUUGCAGGCCUUGCACGACAUAUAACAGCUGCAGGCCAUUGGCCCUCCCUACGGCUUCCUGAGGUGAGACGAGGAGGGCAGCCACACGGCUGCAGCCUGCAUCAUGCCAGCUCUGUCCACUGGAUCUGCCGGCGACAUGGGUCUAUAUGAGUUGUUGGCUGCGCUGCCCGCCCAGCUGCAGCCACAUGUGGAUAGCCAGGAGGACCUGACCUUCCUUUGGGAUAUGUUUGGUGAAAAAAGCCUGCAUUCACUGGUCAAGAUUCAUGAAAAACUCCACUACUAUGAGAAGCAGAGCCCAGUGCCCAUUCUGCAUGAUGCGGCAGCCCUGGCCGAUGACCUGGCUGAAGAGCUUCAGAACAAGCCACUAAGCAGUGAGAUCAGAGAGCUCUUGAAACUGCUGUCAAAACCCAACGUGAAGGCUUUGCUGUCUGUACAUGAUACUGUGGCUCAAAAGAAUUACGAUCCUGUAUUGCCCCCUAUGCCUGAUGAUAUUGAUGAUGAGGAAGAUUCCGUGAAAAUAAUCCGUCUGGUGAAGAACAGAGAACCCCUGGGUGCCACCAUUAAGAAGGAUGAGCAGACUGGGGCAAUUGUCAUUGCCCGAAUCAUGAGAGGAGGAGCUGCAGACAGAAGUGGUCUAAUUCAUGUGGGCGAUGAGCUGAGGGAAGUGAACGGGAUCCCAGUGGAAGACAAGAGGCCAGAGGAAAUCAUACAGAUUUUGGGUCGGUCUCAGGGAGCAAUUACAUUUAAGAUCAUACCCAGUAUCAAAGAGGAGAUGCCCUCAAAGGAAGGCAAGAUGUUUAUCAAAGCCCUUUUUGACUAUAAUCCUAAUGAGGAUAAGGCCAUUCCAUGUCGGGAGGCUGGACUGUCUUUCAGAAAGGGAGACAUUCUUCAGAUUAUGAGCCAGGAUGAUGCGACGUGGUGGCAGGCAAGGCAUGAGGGUGAUGCCAACCCCAGAGCAGGCCUGAUUCCCUCCAAGCACUUCCAGGAAAGGAGACUGGCUCUGAGACGACCUGAAAUUCUAGUUCAGCCCCUGAAACUUUCUAACAGGAAAUCAUAUGAGGAAACAGUUGAGUGUGAGGAAAUAAAAGAAGAUGCUGAAUAUGCUGGUGUCCACAGCGGGACUUACAUAGCUGGUUUUAGAAGAAGUUUCCGUCUUAGCAGAAAAGAUAAGAAAACAAAUAAAUCCAUGUAUGAGUGCAAAAAGAGUGACCAGUACGACACGGCAGAUGUACCCACGUAUGAAGAAGUGUCUACAUACCGACGGCAGGCUCAUGAGAAAUACAGGCUUGUUGUUUUGGUUGGUCCCGUCGGGGUUGGGCUGAAUGAGCUGAAGAGGAAGCUGUUGAUCAGUGACACGCAGCACUACGGCGUGACAGUGCCCCACACCACCAGAGCAAAAAGAAGCCAGGAGAGUGAUGGCGUGGAAUAUAUUUUUAUUUCCAAGCAUUUGUUUGAGACAGAUGUACAAAAUAACAAGUUCAUUGAAUAUGGUGAAUAUAAAAACAACUACUAUGGCACAAGUAUAGACUCUGUUCGGUCUGUCCUAGCUAAGAACAAAGUUUGUUUGUUGGAUGUUCAACCUCAUACAGUGAAGCAUUUAAGAACACUAGAAUUCAAGCCUUAUGUGAUAUUUAUAAAACCUCCAUCCAUAGAGCGUUUGAGAGAGACAAGAAAAAAUGCAAAGAUUAUUUCAAGCAGAGACGACCAGGGGACCGCCAAGCCUUUCACGGAAGAAGACUUUCAAGAAAUGAUUAAAUCUGCACAGAUAAUGGAAAGUCAAUAUGGGCAUCUUUUUGACAAAACUAUAAUAAAUGAUGAUCUCACUAUGGCGUUUAAUGAGCUAAAAACAACAUUUGACAAAUUAGAGACUGAUACCCAUUGGGUCCCAGUGAGUUGGUUACAUUCAUAACUAAGGAAAAUUUCCAUAAUUCUCUAUUCUAUAGAUUGCAUGGUUAGAUCGGCUGCCAUUUUGCUGGUAGGGUUUUUUUAUCUAUAUCACUGUCACAGAUGUACAAUCUUCAUAAAAAUUGAAUGCUGGUUUUGUUUAUCCUUUAUUGCCUUAUUUGAAGCACAGUACUGACUAUAAUAUUUAAAAGUCAAAAUCUGCACAGUAGUAUAUUCUGAGUAAAACUGUCAAUUUCCUGGUUUUCUGUAGUUCUGUCUGAUAAGAGUGGCAGUGUAGAUCAGAGACCACGCCUCAGUGGGGCUCUGGUGGGCCUGCUGCCUCACUUUACCUGCUCACAGCUGAAUGCAUGAACUUAGCAGCCUGGAACCACUGCACAGACACAGGCCAGCAUGUCUGAGCUGGAACAUCACAGGCUUCACUGAGCUGGCACUAAGACACUGUCCUCCUUGUUCCUGUAUGCAAGGUAUGUUCUCAGUAUGUGCAUUCUAAAACUUAAUGGGACAACUAAAAAUUUUCCCUGAGGAUGUGCUCACAUAGCUUAAGAAGUACAUGUCAGUGACCCAACAAAUAUUUUAUCAGGGAAAAAUCUGCUUUUCUCUUUGAGUCAAGGGUCUCACUAUACUGUCUACACUGGCCUUUACCUCAUCCUUCUUCAGCCUCCCAAGUACAGGUGCAUGCAUGCUCUGCACCAGGCUUAGAAAUAGACUUAAAAUUGAUAUAAAUGUAGAUGGAAACCUUUCGUCAUGGAUUAGUAAGAAGGGUGGUGUCUUAGGGGAGAAAUGAAUGCAAAGGACAUUGAUUUCCAUCUGUCCAUCUUCAGAGGACAUUUCUGGAGUCCCCCCAGAAAGUUUUUUUUCCUCUUCCUUGGGAUGUUCUCAACAAAUUCUAAAAAUGAGAUUAAUAUUCUAAAAUAAUUAACUCGCUUUAUGUGUUACAGCAGUUAAAGAAAAUGGCAUGUUUUUUUCCCAUUUGUGCAAUUAAUUACCGUGCAUUUAUAUUGUGCUAAGGUGUGUUUUCAAAAACUUCUUAUAUUGUAUCUCCCAAAUGAUUCUUAGCACUGGCCAGAGUCCAUCUCAACCUUGUUAAAGACAGAUGUGUUAAUGCUUAGAUGCCAUCUCUCCUUUUGUUUGAUACUGCUGACCUCCAGCAAGUGAAUAGUUACAGUGCUGCAGAUGUCCACAGUUCAGGGAACACUGUCCUGCCGUUCUUGGAGGUAGUACAAUUCAGCUGGUCAGAAGUCAUCAUCACUUCUGUGACUUUCACACAAAAAUUUAUUUUUGUUGCUUUGUAAAGAGUUUAAAUGUCAUGUUUAAAGAAAAAAGAAUGUAGUUAAAUUUUAUAUAUUUAUGAGAUAUUUGAAAGUCAUAUUUUUUUAAUUAGCAAAUGAAGCUAUUCAUAAAUUGAUUCUAUGUAAAGAUGUUAUAAUUGAAAAUAGUUGUUUUAUAAAUCAAAGUCAACAUUCCAUGUAAAUAUUGGACCUUAAAGCAGGUAGAUCACAAGUGUGUCACUGCCCAUUCAGUAGUGCUCGACACUUGCUUUCCUCCUUAUAUGUCGGCUACUGUGAGAAGCAGAAACAAAAACUCCCCCAGUGACCUUGUUCCUCAUUCACACCAAGCAGUUAGAUCACACUGAAUGUUACUGAACGCGAUCCAAGGAAGCUCUAAAUUUGUUAAUUAAACAGCACACCGUUCAGCUUAAACAGACAAGAGGGCUACUGAAUCCCAUUCUGACACCGUAGGCUUGUGUGGCUCUUCCAGGACAUGCUCAAGUCUUAAGGAGUUGGUUUGAGUGGAAUAUUCCAUUUCUUGGAUGAUGCCUAAGUUUCCUCUGAAGUGAAACUUCCCGUACCAGGAAUGAUGGGGCAUGCUACAGACAGGAAAUUCCAUUAGCAGUUUAGGCAACCCGUGUUCUUUAAAAUAUCGACAUUGGUAUGUUAUUUUUCUUCAUCUGCAGAUCCUUGCUUCCGUUCUUUAUUUGGGGGUUGAACUCAUGUAGUGUACCAGAAAUCUGUUAUACAAAUGUAAUUAUCUGCAUCUUUUUAGAUCAGGGCCGAUCAACAUUUUUCAAAAUAAUGGAAGAAUAAUAAUGGAAUUAAAGGCAGUUUAAGAAACCAGGUUGCAAGUAGCCUUUCAAGUGGUAUUUCUUGAUGCUUACAAUGUGGUUGCAUUAAAACCUAGUAAGUCAGGCUAGUCAAGUGUUGAUGACUGUGGCAGAAGGCCUCUAAGAGGCUCUGUGCUCUUUGCCCUGGGCCCUCCCACCCACAUUCCUGCUCACUUUCAGCAGCCUACCCUGAGAUGAAGUGUCAGCCACUGUUUGAGAGAAAAGGACCGUUUGAAUGUUUAAAUCUGUAUAUUUAAAAUCUAAGACCUCAUAGAAAAUUCUGUCCUGUUUUGCCUCCCAGUUAGAGUUGUUUGGAAGUGAAUACAUAAAAUUGAAAUAAUUGUUUUUAACCAUAGUUUUACUGAGCAACAUGGAAACUCUUAGUCUCAAUAAGGCUGGCAUUCCUGGUAAUGUAUAAUCAUUGAUGUAUCUAAAUUGCAGUAACUUUAAAUGGACAAACAUGUAAACUCAGAUUUACAAAACUCUGGUCAAAAUGCUCCUAAAGAUACACGUUUUUAUUUAUUUUCUUUUGAACUAGGACGGAUUUAUAGAUAUAUGUAAUGAAAAACUUUUUAUCUUAAUAAAGUAUCUUCAAAUACCA